CCCAUGAGCACCUCCGCCAACAGCCGUGGUCCUACCACCACCAGAAAACACCCUAUAUACCACGGAAUCCGGUGUCGCAGCGGCAAGUGGGUGUCUGAGAUACGCGAACCACGCAAAACCACCCGCAUUUGGCUCGGAACAUACCCAACACCGGAGAUGGCCGCCGCCGCCUACGACGUGGCGGCGUUGGCUCUCAAAGGUGGUGAUGCUGUAUUGAAUUUCCCGGACUUUGCUCGGUCUUAUCCGGUGCCACCGUCACCGGAGCCUGCACUAAUACGGCGGGCGGCGGAGGCUGGUGCAGAGUUCGUGAAAACUUCCCAAGGUGAUCAUAGGCCGUCCGGUGAGUUUAUGGAUGAAGAUGCUAUUUUUCGAAUGCCGAAUUUGUUGGUUGAUAUGGCGGAGGGGAUGAUGAUUAGCCCGCCGCCACUGCCGCCGUCAAGUAACGAUCAUCGGACGGCGGUGGAUUCUCCCGAUUCCGGUGAUCUAUGGAGCUAUUGA